GUCGGCAUUGUCAGGCGGCGGCACCGCGCGAGUCGGACCUGGGCUGUGGUCCGUGGGUUCUGUGUGGCGGCUGCCGAGGAGGAAGAGGGAGCUCCAUCGGAGCGGCUCCGUCAGUGGACGGAGGCGAGGUCCCGGCAGCGCGAGCUUGAGCGCGGCCGAGCCCGCGGCGCCUUCCCCGGCGGGUGGGGACAAGUGGGCCCCGCGGCGUCAUCGGCGGCGAGGAGCCGCCGCGGCCUGCCCUACCAUGUCGGAAACGGGCGAGGAGCAGCCCAUGGAGACUACGGGCGCCACUGAGAACGGACAUGAGGCCGCUCCCGAAAGCGAGUCGCCGGCAGGGGCUGGCACUGGAGCAGCCGCGGGGUCUGGAGGCGGGACCGCUGCGCCCCCGAGCGGGAAUCAGAACGGCGCCGAAGGCGACCAGAUCAACGCCAGCAAGAACGAGGAAGACGCGGGAAAAAUGUUCGUUGGUGGUCUGAGCUGGGAUACCAGCAAAAAAGAUUUAAAGGACUAUUUUACUAAAUUUGGAGAGGUUGUGGAUUGUACAAUAAAAAUGGAUCCCAACACUGGACGGUCAAGAGGGUUUGGGUUUAUCCUCUUCAAAGAUGCUGCCAGUGUGGAGAAGGUCCUAGACCAGAAGGAACACAGGCUGGAUGGCAGGGUAAUUGACCCUAAAAAAGCCAUGGCCAUGAAGAAGGACCCUGUCAAGAAAAUCUUUGUAGGGGGUCUGAAUCCUGAAGCCACAGAGGAAAAGAUCAGGGAGUACUUUAGAGAGUUUGGGGAGAUUGAGGCCAUUGAGCUUCCAAUGGAUCCCAAGUUGAAUAAAAGACGGGGUUUUGUUUUUAUUACUUUUAAAGAAGAAGAUCCUGUGAAGAAAGUUCUGGAGAAAAAAUUCCAUACUAUCAGUGGAAGCAAGUGUGAAAUCAAGGUGGCCCAGCCCAAAGAAGUCUAUCAGCAGCAGCAGUAUGGCUCUGGGGGCCGAGGAAACCGCAACAGAGGGAAUCGAGGCAGUGGUGGAGGUGGAGGUGGAGCACAUUGGAAAUAAUAAAGUUUGAACUGUGGAUUCUCCCCCUGGGCCUAAUCUAGCUCUGCCACCUAGCAGGGUCACUGCAGGUGGAAUACCUGUCCCAUAUUUACUGUUGUGAAGGUGUAAGAAUUAACCCGGUAUCUGGCUUCUCUGCCACCUGACCAUUCAGAAUCUCCAAGGCUCAUUGUGAAGAUGUUGGGUGAGCUGGCAGGGACUGGCCACUGCAAACAUUUGAGGGAAAGGAUUUACAUUAAUAUGGUAUAGGGUGAAUUAGCACACAAGAUUAUGAAUGUUUCAUAAUUUGAAUAAAGGCUUACCAGAGGGGGUUUCUGUUGGGGGUGGGGAGGUAGGAAUGGGGAGUGGAGAUAAAGAGGACAGUAAUAGGGGAAGAGGUCCUGAGGCCUUAGGUCCUGCCUGGGCUUCAAGUGAAAGACCCCAGGUUAGGAGGCUGGUAGAGUGAGCCCCAGCUGCACACCUCCAGACCAGAUGAAGAGUGGGAAACCAUUCCAUCAACCUGGCACUCUGGGAAUGGGGAGUCCCCCCAGUCUUGGUGGUAUAGUAGCCCUCAGAUGAAGCUUUAGGAAAGCUAUUUCCUUCUCCAGCUCUGUGUGCAAUUUAGGGCUUCCUGGCAUUGGGUACAUGGCUGACAGAGCUAUAAUUUCCUGUCCUGAGAGCUCAGUUGAGAGGGUCAGAUAGCUGCCUCUGCCCCUCAGGCCCAGAUACUAUAGCUGUUUAGCCAGAUUUGUGGGAACAGGGUGGACAGAGGGAGGCUUCCUCCUAUUCAAGGCCCUAAGUUGUGCAAAGAGGCAUCAUGGUGAUUUCUACUUUAGAAGGCAAC